GCACACACCGUUCCAUUGGAAUCACCCGCGAUACACUGCCAACGACAGAACCGUCGUACACUACAGCCUGAUCGCUUUCACAAAGAAGGAUCCAAAACCUCCUACCACCAUGAUGCGCCUUUCAAUUCUUCUUCUUGUGUGUGCCAGCCUUUUUGUUUCAGCCAUUGCUGGCGAGACAACGAUAGAAACAAUGGCUGCAAUCGAGAACAUCGAGGAACCAGCAAUGMUUGACAUGGACCGUCAGCAGAGAAGAAAAACCUGGGAUGUAUUUGGUGUCUUGCUAAUGAGUACGUCACGUAUUGGCUUGCAGCACGAAACGAACAAAAACUAAAUCGACAGACGCCAAUCAUCAUGGAUUUAUUCUGUCUGGUUGAUGUGAUUGCAUUUUACUCACCCACAGCUUCUUUUUCCAAAUUUCUCUUUCGCUUCUUGCUCUCAAUCGCACAACAGUGAUUGGAAACAGCGAUUGCGGUCCGCACGGUAGGGUACACCUCCUGGAUUGUCACUUAAUGGAAGAAUGUGAUUCGGGAGACAACAGCAAGUGUGUCAAGCUCUGCAACAUGAGCUCCGACCACCACAAGAGUCACUACUCCGCGUUCUGCUCGAGCAGCAGCAGCGCCAAUUCCUACAACGACAACGUCACUCCCUCAAACGUGGAGAUGGACGGAAACUACGCAAUGGAGUUCCAGUUCUGGAUGGUGGCAGCUGCCUUUUCGGUAGCCGUGGCGCUCGUGGCCAUCCACCUCGGRCAGCGGAAGGAAAGACGCCGCGCCGAGCUGCUGGAGGACGACGCGAGUCUGGCCCCUUCUAUGGCGGGAUCGGUCAACCGCCGCAUGGUCGCGGUUUCCGCACUGGCGGACGGAGCCUUUGYGAAGGGAAAUGGGGGUGCCGGCGACAAGCAGCAGGUGGAGAUGGCGGAAUACAAGCUCGACGAGCCCUCCCCGCUGUACCCGACCUCCUCCUUUGUGUAAAUGGCUAGUUGCGAUGCAUUUACCGAACCAUGCAUGUUUUGCACGAUUUAUGCGAUGCGCAGUGAGAUUUGAGCCGACGGCCAAGCCGUGGUAUGAGUUAGAUGCUGUUGGGGGAAGCCGUUUGCAGAAGGGCGAUGCUACUGGUGGAAGCGACGAAUUUUCCAUAGGUAUUCGAAGAUUUAAUAUUCGAAAACAAAKACAAAACGAAACGAAAUGAGAGUGAAUSGAAUGAAWUGUAAAUUAAAGUUACGAGUUUGGAUUUGGGGAUGAUCAACAACAAACAACUUUGCCGCUGGAUGCAAACCAAUCAUAUGCACGGAAAUGUACAAUCGGUUGCUUGCUGUCUUGCCUUUUGUGUGUUGAUUACGRCAAUAAAAAUUGAGCGGARUA